AUGGGUAGAAUACACACAGGGGAGAAGCCUUACCACUGCUCCCAGUGUGGAAAGUGUUUUAACGAUUUAGGGAACCUGAAUCGACACGAGAGAAUACACACAGGGGAGAAGCCUUACCACUGCUCCCAGUGUGGAAAGCGGUUUAACCAGAAAGGUCAUCUGAAUGAACAUGAGAGAAUACACAGAGGGGAGAAGCCUUACCACUGCUCCCAGUGUGGAAAGGGUUUUCAACAGUCAGGGGUGCUGAAACGGCAUGAGAGAAUACACACAGGGGAGAAGCCUUACCACUGCUCCCAGUGUGGAAAGAGAUUUAACGAUUUAGGGAACCUGAAAAAACAUGAGAGAAUACACACAGGGGAGAAGCCUUACCACUGCUCCCAUUGUGGAAAGGGUUUUCAACAGUCAGGGGAGCUGAAAUGGCAUGAGAGAAUACACACAGGGGAGAAGCCUUACCACUGCUCCCAUUGUGGAAAUGGUUUUCAACAGAACGGGAACCUGAAAAAACAUGAGAAAAUACACACAGGUGAGAAGCCUUACCACUGCUCCCAGUGUGGAAAGGGUUUCAGCCAGCCGGGGAAUCUGAAACUGCAUGAGAGAAUACACACAGGGGAGAAGCCUUACCACUGCUCCCAGUGCGGAAAGAGUUUUAACGAUUUAAGGAACCUGAAAAAACACGAGAGAAUACACACAGGGGAGAAGCCUUACCACUGCUCCCAGUGCGGAAAGAGUUUUAACGAUUUAAGGAACCUGAAAAAACAUGAGAGAAUACACACAGGGGAGAAGCCUUACCACUGCCCCCAGUGUGGAAAGUGUUUCAACUGGCCAGGGGAGCUGAAAAACCAUGAGAUAAUACACACAGGGGAGAAGCCUUACCACUGCUCCCAGUGUGGAAAGGGUUUCAACUGGCCUGCGGAUCUGAAACGGCAUGAGAGAAUACACACAGGGGAGAAGCCUUACCACUGCUCCCAGUGUGGAAAGCGUUUUAACAAUUUAGGGAACCUGAAAAAACAUGAGAGAAUACACACAGGGGAGAAGCCUUACCACUGCUCCCAAUGUGGAAGGAGUUUCAACCACAGCGGGAACCUGAAACAACAUGAGAGAAUACACACAGGGGAGAAGCCUUACCAUUGCUCCCAAUGUGGAAUGAGUUUCAACCAGCCGGGGGAGCUGAAAUGGCAUGAGAGAAUACACACAGGGGAGAAGCCUUACCAUUGCUCCCAAUGUGGAAAGUGUUUCAACCGGCCGGGGGUUCUGAAACAGCAUGAGAGAAUACACACAGGGGAGAAGCCUUACCACUGCUCCCAGUGCGGAAAGAGUUUUAACGAUUUAGGGAACCUGAAAAGACACGAGAGAAUACACACAGGGGAGAAGCCUUACCACUGCUCCCAGUGUGGAAAGUGUUUUAACAAGUUAAGGAACCUGAAACAACAUGAGAGAAUACACACAGGUGAGAAGCUUUACCACUGCUCCCAGUGUGGAAAGUUUUUCAGCCAGUCAGGGGAGCUGAAAAGACAUGAGAGAAUACACAUAGGUGAGAAGCUUUACCACUGCUCCCAGUGUGGAAAGUUUUUCAGCCAGUCAGGGGAGCUGAAAAGACAUGAGAGAAUACACACAGGGGAGAAGCCUUACCACUGCUCCCAGUGCGGAAAGAGUUUUAACGAUUUCGGGAACCUGAAAAGACACGAGAGAAUACACACAGGGGAGAAGCCUUACCACUGCUCCCAGUGUGGAAAGGGUUUCAACAGGCCUGCGGAUCUGAAACGGCAUGAGAGAAUACACACGGGGGAGAAGCCUUACCACUGCUCCCAAUGUGGAAAAAGUUUUAACCAGUCAGGGGAUCUGAAAAAACAUGAGAGAAUACACACAGGGGAGAAGCCUUACCACUGCUCCCAGUGUGGAAAGAGUUUUAACCAUUUAAGGAUCCUGAAAGUUCAUGAGAUAAUACACACAGGGGAGAAGCCUUACCAAUGCUCCCAGUGUGGAAAGUGUUUCAACCAGUCAGGGCAUCUGAAAGAACAUGAGAUAAUACACACAGGGGAGAAGCCUUACCACUGCUCCCAGUGUGGCAAGUGUUUUAACCGGUCAGGGAACCUGAAAAAUCACGAGAGAAUACACACAGGGGAGAAGCCUUACCACUGCUCCCAGUGUGGAAAGAGUUUUAACCAUUUAGGGACCCUGAAAGUUCAUGAGAUAAUACACACAGGGGAGAAGCCUUACCACUGCUCCCAGUGUGGCAAGUGUUUUAACCAGUUAUGGAACCUGAAACAACACAAGAGAAUACAC